ACAGAAGAAUAAGAAAGGAAGUUAGAGAGAAAAAUGGAGAAAUUGUUGAGUAAUGGGGUAAGGCAUCUGUUUGUGACGGUGUUUCUGUCGACGGCGGCGGCGGUUAUGGUGUUGCCAGCGAUCACCGACGUCACAAUGGCGGCGCUCUGCCCUGGCCGUGAUGAGUGCUCUCUCGCCAUAUACCUCAGUGGCUUCCAACAGGCGCUAUCAGGAUUUGGAGCAGUAGUGAUAACACCGCUGGUAGGAAAUUUGUCGGACAAGUAUGGAAGGAAAGCACUGCUGACAUUACCCAUGACAGUCUCCAUUAUCCCACUCGCGAUAUUAGCAUACAGCAGGGAGAGAAACUUCUUCUAUGCAUAUUACGCUGUGAGGACUCUCACGGCCAUGGUCUCCGAGGGCACGACUGCUUGCCUCGCUCUCGCUUAUCUGGCAGAUAACACUUCACUGGAAAAACGAGCGUCCGCAUUUGGUUUGCUUACUGGAGUAUGCUCUGCUGCUUUCGUUUGCGGAACCUUAGCAUCUCGCUUCCUUGCAACUGACUAUAUUUUUCCGAUUGCUGCAAUUUUCUCUGUGGUCGGAACUGUAUACAUGAGAAUCUUUCUCGAGGAUUGUUUGCCAGGUGGAAGUGAUUUAGUACAGCCAAUGUUGAAGGAAGAAGUGCCAGAAUUUACUGACCGUGAGGACGAUGGCAAUGAAUUGCCGAGACCGACACCGGCUUUCAGAAAGAUGCCGACUCUGAAUGAUGUUAUUACCUUAUUCAAGAGCAGUACGCUACUCUCACUAGCCGCAGUUGUUGUAUUCUUUACCGGCGUCGGUGAGGGAGGAAUGCAAGCCUCGAUAUUGUACUAUUUGAAAGCUCGAUUUCACUUCGAUAAGAACCAGUUCGCAGAUUUGAUGCUGGUUUCAGGGGCUGCAGGAACCAUCUCGCAGCUUGUUUUGAUGCCCCUGUUGGCUCCUCUUCUAUCAGAAGAUAAGUUACUUUCAUUAGGCCUUUUGGUCAGCAGCAUUGGUAUGGUUAUUAACAGCAUUGCCUGGGCAAUUUGGGUUCCUUAUGUUGUGACUAUAUUUUCUAUUUUCUCUGUUUUCGUAAGUCCAAGUCUACGCAGCCUUGUAUCAAAACAAGUCGGUGAACAUGAGCAGGGCAAGGUUCAAGGAUGCCUUUCAGGGUUGAGCUCUCUCGCCCAAAUUGCCGCUCCCUUAAUCUUCAGUCCUCUCACAGCUUUAUUCUUGUCUGACCAUCCACCCUUCAAGUUCCCCGGCUUCAGCCUUUUGUGUAUUGCCAUCACUUCAAUGAUUGCUUUAGUUCUAAGCCUCAUGAUGAUGGCGUCCCCAAGUAGUUCAAGUCAACGACCCAGUAGCAGCGGUAGCUCAGAAGCCUAGUCGUCAGCUCUGAGAACUUGGUAUAUAUGUCCAUAAUAUAUCGGCCACACAUUUCAAGUAGGCAACGGAUGUUUGAGAACAUGGCCAAAUGAGAGAAUUGCAGUCUGCAGGCCGAAAAGGAUGCAACCGCUUGGGUUUUGCCGGUGUGUUUCAAUCUCUAAAAAUUUUGCAUUUUAGAGCCGUAUUUAGACUAAAGAUUUUUGGACUUCUACAUGGCUAGAGGAUGUUAGGCAUAGCUUGAAUAUUCUACUAUGUUUUUAACACUUCACUAGAAUUGUUAAUCCAAGAGUUAAAUUAGUGAUUCUUUUUCAGACGAUGUCCAUUUUGCACACCCUUACUAUGUGUAUUUUUAAAACACUCUUUCAAAAUUUAAAUUUUGUAUCCACUUUUAUCUUAUGGAAGUAAUUAUGGCAUUCAAAUAGCGCGCAUAUAUAUAAAUUUUAUUUUAAUUAAAAUAUUAUUUCGUCUUAGUUUCAAAAUUUUCAAGUUAUUGCAUAAUAAAACUAAAGCAAUAAUAAUUGUUAGCCUAAAUAUAUCGACUAAAUUUUAACUUCCAAAAACUGAAUACCAACAUAGAUCAAAUUUCAAAAUACAAAUUCCAAAGUUAAAAAUUGAAAAAAAAAAAAAAAGGAAAAAGGAAAAAGGAAAAAGGAAAAAGGAAAGGUUUAUUUUAUUUAUUUGUUUGUUGUUAUUAUUAUUAUUAUAUUUAAAUUGAGAAACGGAAGUUAGAGGCCGAGAAAAUAGUCACUAAAUUGUGGCGAAGGAGGCCCCGCUACAAAAAAUUUACCCACAUAUGUUAUUUGGGAUCAAGACUAAGUUUACCAAUUCAUAAUAAAAAUUUGUAUAAUUGUAAUGAAUUUCAUUGAUGGAUCAAUCAUAAAGAGUCAAUCACGUUUAAUUAAAGAUUUUGUAAACGUAAUUCUCACAAUUCAUUACAAUUAUGGGACACAACAAACAACAAACGUAACUAAGUAGACCUUGGAUAAAUGGGUUUAGAUGGUAACUGAGAUCUAAGAUCUGAAAGUAGAUCAUCAGUUAAUGAAAAAAAUAAGAGACACUCAGGCACACUAAGAUAAAGAUGAAGAAAAGUCAAGGUUCUAAGAUUCACCCAAAUUACUCUCUAAGCCCGUUGACGAGAAGACACCCCAACCACACAUUUUAUAUCUAACCUUUUUUUUUUUCACUGAAGCCACACAGUCAAGGCUAGUAAAGUGACAAUCCAUCUGGUUUCUGAUGAGCAAAACUUUGCAGGCUAGGCUAAAGUCAGCCUUGCAGCCCAACCACGUGACCCAUCUUUACAAUGUCACGUGACAUUUUUAUUUUUUCAAUUCUUUCUUCUUCUUCUUCCUUCGUUCAUCUCCUUAAUUUUUCUUUGUUUCUUUAUUCUUCUUUCUUCCAAAUCUCAAUCUCAAUCACCAGCUUUCUUUUUCUUUUUCCUUCUUGUACUAUUACUUCCAUCACUUUUUUUUCUCCCUAUUUUUCUUUGAUUCCUUCUUUUUUCUGUUACUCUUUGAUUUUCUUUUUCUGUUUUUAUCUUUGAUCCCAGUCUCAAGCUCCACUCUUAUGGCUGCCCCUCUUCUUCACUAUAAAUUUGCAAUUUUUAUUGGGGCUUUAGGCUUUUGAAGUAUUAUCCAUUUUCUCAGUCCAACUUAAAUCUUUUGGUGUGUAUUAAAACCCUAACAACCAAACCAUGCUUUUCCAUGGAUGGAAGAAGACCAAACCCAACCAAAUCCUUCGCCUACGUCCGACAAGAGUCCAUGCUUUAUUAAAAUUUGCAAAUUAAAUAAAAGCAGAAAAUGAAGAAUAGGAA